AUAUUUAGUAAGAUUAUCAUCAAAAGCUUCAUAUUCUGAUGAAUUAUGUCACUUAUUGUGUGCUUUGUUUUAUUCUUUUUCUUUGACGUUUCGGUUGCUAGAAAUAUACAUGAUCGUUUUAAACGUUCAACAAAAAUGGUAUCGCGAAAUUUGGAACAUAAUCAAACGUUUUUUGAUGGUAUUAAUACCAUAGUUGAAGAUUAUCCAGAAAAUGAUAUUUUGAAAGCGAUUCUAUCUUUCUACGAUAGUAAUCACAAAGUGGAUCAUUUCUUUGAAGGAUUUUCUGACGUUUACUCAAUCAAUAAUGUGUUACGACAUAGGCACAGCAGAUCAGAAAGUGCCCAGAGAAAACUUUGCGAUUCUAUCAUAUCAACAGUUACUCCAUUAACUAUGAAGAAUACGUCUGAUCAAAGGAAAUAUAUUGUGAAUAACAAGAAAUACAAACAAAAUAUGAGAAUAGAAAAAUGUUCGACUGACACAUCAGCUUUUCAUCCCAAUAUUAAAUGCAUUCAAAGGUAUCAAAAGUUGUACCUUCUAACUUUUGAAAACUUCAAGCUGUCAUAUGAUGAAUUCAACGUUCCUAUAAUAUGUGAAGCUUCAUGUGUGGUGUCUUGACAUGAAAUCUGAUUCAAUUAAUGAAGAAUUACAAUCGCGACAUGUCGUACAAAGUUCAACAUUUUAUGAUAAAAUUUGAACACUAUACCUAGAUGGAUAAAAGUCGGUUCAAUUGAUAGGAAGGUGAACCGUUUUUCAGCUAGAAUAAUCAAGGAUGUCAUGGCAUACGCUCAAACUACAAAGUUUGUUUACCAUUACCCUCACAAGUAUAUAUGUGUCUCCGAUACCAGCUAAGCAUCUCGAAUUUAGUAACAAAAUUGAUACAAUAACUCAAGAGACGCUGAUCAACGUUUUGGAAGAAAUCGCAUAUUGUUUUGUCUUGUGAUAAAUGGUGCUCAUAUUGAAAACUUGUAGGCUCUCAUGGCUGCACUUUUGUUUGAUGUAUCAUUCAUAACUGUGGGCUCAAUAUGAGGAAUAUUAUAAAACGUUAAACUCUUUGUGUAGCUUGACGUAAAAGAAGAAUGAUAUUAGGCCUCUAUUUUGUUUAUCAACAUUCUUUGAGCUAGUAACAUAAUUAUAUAAUUUGAAAAAUAAGAGAAAAGGAUUGGAGUGAAUGGUUUAAUUUUUUAUACGAAAUACUAGUUAUUUAUAAACAUCAUACUUUACGAUUGUUAGUUUGAAUAAAACUGUUGAUAAAA